CAUUUCAAAUGUAUAUCACAAGCCUUUUUUUCGCCCGAUACAAAUGAAAAAAGGAUCUGCUCUUUGAGAUUUCCACGUACAUAGGUUGUUAGUCAGACUAGAGAUCCAAACAGUGACGAACGCCACUCCUUCCGAAUUCGAGCUUUAGAAUUAUCGUACAAAUGGAGCUCAUGGUACCUCAUCUUUUUGAAUUGGCCGUUUCAGUUUUCUUUAACUUUCGUGACAAUGUGCGGUUCUGGUCGUUUGAACGAUCAGUGGUUACUUUGGUGAGCUAGCAUUGUGUUAGGACUUAUGAAUGGUUUUGACUCGUCAUUGUGAACAAACUCUUGACAAAUAGACUCUCAAUCGCCAUUCUUGAAGAAGAGACUGUGCCAAACCUUCGGAGGCAUCAAAGCGGUAAUUGAAAAUGGCGGUGUGUCCGGAUCAGAUAACGGGCUAUCCUUGUCGAAAGCGACGACUCCUGGCCAACAUCCCUCCCCUGACGCCAAGGCCGACCUUCCGAACCCGGCCUUCCGUGGGGCCAAGCAUUUCCACCAAUACUCAUGACCAUGAUGAUAUUCCUCGCCCAGAAAGGGUACAUGCAUCUCCUUUCCAUAUGAAUAUAGAACCAAGGAACACUUAUCCAAUACAAUUAAGACCGCAGCCCAGACCUCAGGUUCCCCAAUAUUGGCCUCAGCGAGUGCAACCAACCCGGCAAAUGCCAACAGCCUAUCACGAGUCUCAGUACCAUGGACCGCCAUCCCAACCCAAUCGACAGGUCAAUAAAUGCAAAGUGGUCCGAAAGCUAUCCGACAACACGUGGAUCGAGAUGUAUGUUCCCUGGGACGGACAUUCUUUGGAACAGGCAUCCUAUGCAAUCAAAAACUUUGCGGAAUCCUUGGAAAAGUCCUCCACUCAAAAACCGUGCCGUUGCCACAAACAGAGGAGUGCCGACCCUCCUCAGGAGACUUGCCCUCAGCCGCAAGCUUUCAAACGCAGUUCUCCUGAACCUCAACCUUUCACUAGAAGUCCAUACCAGCCAAAAGCUCCCAGGAAUAGCCUCCCUCAACCUCAAUCUUUCACGGGAGGUCCCCCUCAACCCAAUACUGCCAGGGUUAGUAGGGAACUUAGUCCUCCUCAAACGCAACUUCGCAAAGGAAGUCCACAUCAACCCGAUACUGAUCAGUAUAGCACACACCAACCGCAACCCCUUACAGGAAUUCCACACCAACCCCAAAUUGAUCAUUAUGGCCCACUUGAACUCCAAGCCCCCAAUUAUACUGCCCCACAGUACCCGCUUCCUCCCAAGACCAAUCCCCUGCCACCUGCUCGGUCCAAAUUUACCUUUACGGAGGAAAACCAUCAGGUCAUCUGCUCCAUUUGCCAAGCGCCCGCAGAGAGUUCGCAUUUGAAUUAUGGCGCGUAUUCGUGCUUCAGCUGUCGAGCCUUUUUCAGGCGCUCCGUUCAAAUGGAACUGUAUCCCAAGUUUUCUUGCCAAUAUGAACGCCAAUGUGAAAUAACGAUCGGCAAUAGAAACUUUUGCAGAUGUUGCCGAUUUGAAAAGUGUCAAAAAAUGGGCAUGAAAAUAUCGGCUGUUUUGAGUUUGGAGCAGAAACGGACUCGAUUUCGGAAGUAUCUGGGGCUGCGGCGCAUGGAUGAGAUGAACAAAAGCGCCGAAAUGAAAGUUGCCUUGAGGUCCUUCAGGAAGAAACCGAGUGCUGUGCAUGAAAAAGACGCAUUGCUGAAUGAGGAUAGUACCUAAAAGAAUGCAAAAAGACAUGAAUGAAUUAGCCACUCUCUUCCACAUCUAAGGCAAAUUGAAGCUAAAAAAGCUAAAUUUUAAACCUCGGAUAAUCUUCCAAGAGGACCAAAUCCCAAAACCUUAUCGCUCAAACCAGAACUUGAAUCAAACCAUAUUGUUGGAAACACUGCCUCUAAUUAAACCCGCAGUUAAAUGCUGAUAUCUUUUCGCGAUACAUUUUGUUACAAAUAUAAGUCGAUAG